CAUAUAAUAUUGUUCAUCUAUUAUACGAUAUGGUUAUUAUUACCAAUAUUUGAUCUAGAAGGACAAUGGAAAUUAUUCCCAUUACCUAGCAUAUAUGCCAUAUAUAUCCCUAUAGUAUUAUUAUUGAUUGGAUUUACUAUUGUUGGGACAUUCGUUGGAAUAUUAUUACUUAGAGAUGUUCCAGAAGAUUUAGAUAAAAUGAAUCAAAAUGAAUUGGCCCCAUAG